AUGAGCAACCAUACAACUAAUUCCACCACCACCUCUGUACAAGUUUCACUACGAAUAAAACCCCUUACCAAUGAAGACUUGGUUAAGUUACCGUCAAGAUUCCAACGUCAAGUAAUAACCACAUCAGUUCACACACCAAAUCAAGUAAUAGUUGAAGCUGAAAAAGGGCCAGUAUUUCAAUUUGACUAUGUAUUCGGUCCUAAUAGUACACAACGUGAAGUAUAUGAAAGUGCUGCUGAAAAUUUAAUAGAAAAAUUUUUGCAAGGUUUCAACGCGACCGUUCUAGCGUAUGGACAAACUUCAUCAGGAAAAACAUUCACAAUGGGUACAGCCGACAAUCGUAGAAUAUCGCCGGAACAAAAAGGAAUAAUUCCAAGAGCAAUGACCACAUUGUUCUCUUUAAUGAAAUCUCCGAAAUAUAACUCUAAAACAUUUAUAAUGAAAGUAUCAUUCGUUGAAAUCUACAAUGAAGAAUUAAUAGAUUUGCUUCGCGAAGGUGAUGUUCGACCACAAGUAAUGAUUCGUGAAGAUUUAAAAGGAAAUAUUUAUUGGAGUGGAUUACAAGAAAUGAGAGUCAAUGACGUGAAUGAGGUUAUGGGGUAUUUAACAAAAGGUUCAUUAAAUAGACAAGUUGGAGCUACCGACAUGAAUUCACAAUCUUCAAGGUCACAUGCAAUUUUCACGGUAACGAUGUCGCAAAAAAAAUUUCCAAGCCGACUGUCAACUCCGUCUCCAACAAAAUCAAAUCUCGGUCAACCUCUGUCGAGAUCAGAUUCUUCUGAUGGUGAGGGUUCCAUCAUAACGAGUAAAUUUCAUUUCGUUGAUCUGGCAGGUAGUGAACGAUUAAAACGCACAGCUGCUAGUGGUGACAGGGCGAAGGAAGGAAUAUCAAUAAAUUCGGGUUUAUCGGCAUUAGGAAACGUAAUUUCAAUCUUGGGUGAUCCAAGUAAAGCGAAGCAUACUACACAUAUUCCUUAUAGGGAUUCAAAACUUACUCGACUACUACAAGAUUCCCUGGGUGGAAAUGCGCAAACAUUAAUGAUAGCAUGUGUUUCCCCCGCAGAAUUAAAUCUUACAGAAACACUUAAUACACUUAAAUAUGCACAAAGAGCUCGAAAUAUUAAGAAUGUGGCUACAAUAAAUCAAGAAGAAACUGGGUGGAAUGAUUUAGUACAUAUGCAACAUUUAAAAGAAUCACAUAAUCAAAUGCAUAGCGUUAAGUCGGUAGUUAAUGGACGAACAACACCUAGUGGUCGAAUAACACCUAGCGGGCGAAUAACACCUAGUCUACUUAAACCUCCGUCGGCUGGGAUUCCGAAAGUAUCAACGCCAUCGGGAAUUUCGGGUAGAAAUCAAGCACAAUCCAUGCUAAGGCAUCCAUCAAAUAAAAGUGUUUCCGAAAAUGGAACGAAUGGGAAAACUUUGACGAAUGGAAAAGCUUUAACAAAUGAACAAUUCUUACAACUUAAAAAAUCUUACGCAGAACUUUCCAUGAGAUGUGCAAUGAUGCAAGGGGAACUUGCGAUGCAUCAAGAUAAUCACGAUUUGGCUAUUAAUAAGGAGAAAGAUUUCAUAUCAGUAGCCGAACCGGUUAUUAAAGAAUAUGAAAUUGCCGUUUCAAAUUUAGAAAAUAAACUUGCUUUAACUGAGGCAGAAUUAGCACAUACUGAAGAAAGAUUAUAUGAAUCUGAAAAGAUAUUUGACUUUUAUAAUGAUUUAAGAAACAGUUUACAAAAUCGUAACAAAGAUUUACAAACAAAGCUUGAAAAACAAGAAAUUGAUUCCGAAAAUUUACUCAAACGACAUAUACAAGAAAGUGAAAACUCCAAAAAUGAAUUAUCCAAGAAAUUACACGAUGAAGCAGAAAAAUAUAACAAACAAUUAAAAUUAUUAGAAGAUCAAUUAAAAGAAAAGGAGGAAGCUUAUAGAAAUUCUACCCAAUCAACUAAAACAUUAAAGAAUAUGUUAGAAGAAAAGAAUCAAAAGAAUUCUCAACUUGAAUGUAAAAUUUUGGAUUUGGAGAAUGCUCAUCAAAAAACUAUAAAAAGAUUAGAUGAUAUGACAAUCAAACAUCAUCAAUCUCUUGAUCAAAUUUCUGAAUUAAAGAUUGUUAAUAAAGAAACUGUAAAGAAUUUCGAUGACCUGACAACAAAAUACAACAAAUUACAAAAUAUUCAUGAAGAAACUGUAAAAAUUUUGGAUGACCUAACAAUCAAACAUCAAAAAUCUCUUAAUGAAUUCUCAGAAUUACAAAAUAUUCAUGAAGAGAUUGAAAGAAAUCGUGAUAAUUUAACAAUAAAACAAUCUGAAUUACAAAAUGUUCAUGAAGAAAAUGUUAAGAAUUUAAACGACUUAACAAUCAAAUAUCAAAAAUCUCUUGAAGAAUAUUCGGAAUUACAAAAUAUUCAUAAAGAGUCUAUGAGGAAUUUCGAUGAUUUAACAUUCAAGUACCAAAAAUCUACCAAUGAAUUUUUGGAAUUACGAAAUGUUCAUGAAGAAACUGUAAGGAAUUUUGAUGGUUUAACAAUUAAAUAUCAAAAAACUCUUGAUGAAAUUUCAGAAUUAGAAAGAGUUAAUAAAGAAACCAUAAAGAAUUUGGAUGAUUUAACAACUCAACAUUCCAAAUUACAAAAUAUUCAUGAAGAAACUGUAAAGAAUUUAGAUGACCUAACAAUUAAACAUCAAAAAUCUACUGAUGAAUUUUUGGAACUACAAAAUGUUCAUGAAGAAAGCGUAAAGAAUUUGGGUGACUUAACUAUUAAACAUCAAAAAUCUCUCAAUGAAUUUUUAGAAUUAAAAACUGUACAAGAAAAAGUUGUAAAGGAUUUGGAUGACUUAACAAUCAAAUAUCAAGAAUCUACUGAUGAAAUUUCUGAACUACGAAAUGUUAAUAAAGAAGCUGUAAAGAAAUUGGAUGACCUAAAGAUUAAGCAUCAAGAAUCUCUCAACCAAAUUUCUGAAUUAGAAAAUAGAAAUAAAGAAAUUAUAAAGAAUUUAGAUGAUCUGACAAUUAAACAUCAAAAAUCUCUAAACGAAUUUUCAGAAUUAGAAAAUGGUAAUAAAGAAAUCAUAAAGAAUUUGGAUGAUCUAACAACCAAACACUCCAAAUUACAAACUACUCAUGAAGAAACUGUAAAGAAUUUGAAUGACUUAACAAUUAAAUAUCAAAAAUCUACUGAUGAAUUUUUGGAAUUACAAAAUAUUUAUGAAGAAAGUGUAAAGAAUUUAGAUGACCUAAAAAUCAAACAUCAAGAAUCCCUAAACGAAUUUUCGGUAAUAGAAAAUGGUAAUAAAGAAACUAUUAAGAAUUUGAAUGAUCUAACAAUUAAACAUCAAAAAUCUCUCAACCAAGUUUCUGAAUUAGAAAAUAGAAAUAAAGAAACUAUAAAGAAUUUGGAUGACCUAACGAAUAAAUAUCAAAAAUCUCUAAACGAAUUUUCCGAAUUACAAAAUAGAAAUAAAGAAACUGUAAAGAAUUUGAAUGACUUAACAAUCAAAUUUUCUAAAUUAGAGAAUGGUAAUAAUGAAAUUAUAAAGAAUUUUGAUGACCUAACGAUAGAACACCAAAAAUCUCUUGAUGAAUUUAUCAAAUUACAAAAUGUUCAUAAGGAAACUAUAAAGAAUUUGGAUGACCUAACAAUUAAACAUCAAAAAUCUCUGAAUCAAAUUUCCGAAUUAGAAAAUGGUAAUAAAGAAACCAUCAAGAAUUUAGAAGAAACUGUAAAAGAUUUAGAUGAUUUAAAGAUUAAGCAUAAAGAAUCACUUGAUCAAAUUCAAGAAUUAUUACAUCGUAAAGCAAAAUCAAUGUCAUCAUCAAAUGAAAUUAAAGAUGAUGAAAUCAAUAAUUCAUCCAAUUUAUUACAUCUAGCGAUAAUAGAAAAACUUCAAUUUGAACUUUCAUUAUUUGAAUCAUUUCAUAAAUAUAAGUCUCAAAAUUUAGAAUCAGUUAAACGAGAAUUAUUAAAAUUAGAACAAAUUCAUCAUGAAACAUUACAAGAAGUUGAAGAACUUCGUCAAGAUAUGAAGAGACGUGAUGAAUUAAAUACAAUUAAUAUUCAAAAUCAAAUAGAAAUUAAUAAUAGUUUCUAUAUGGGUAAUAAUAGUCCCAAAAAUCCUAAAAAAUUCUUAACAUUUGGAUGUUUUGAACGAACCAAGGAUAACAAAUUACCGAUAGAGAUAUCAAUGUCAAAUGAAGAACUUAUUAAGUCAUUACAAGAAAAAGUUGAAGAAUUAGAACAAAAAUUACGAGAAAAUUGUACACCUCCAAGAAAUGAAGUACAAGAUUUACAUAAAGUUAUAAUAGAGAUGGAAAGGGAACAAAAUGAAAAUUCCGAAAAUAUUUUAACCUUAAAAAAUUCAUUAACUCAAAAUCAAAGGUCAUUAAAAGAGAUUCAACAACGAUUAACCAUUAAGGUACAAGAAAAUAUCUCACUUGAAAAACAAGCGAAUUUAGUAAAAGAACAAAAAGAGAAAAUUGAACAAAUUUUAUUAGAAGAAAGAAGAGCUAAAGAAAUAGCAUUAAAUCAGAUAGAAUUAUUUCAAGAGAAAAGAAUUGCAGCAGUAAUAGCACAAAGAUUUCUUUCACCUAAAGCACGUGCAAAUGUCAUAAGAUUAUUGCCACCAGAAGCCAAAGGAAAUUUAUCAUUUAUAGCACCAUGGGCAGACCAAAUCAAACAUCUUCCUGAAUACAAAUUUACUUCACCACUUCAUUAUUUAGAUCCACCUAAUGAUUUCCCACCAAAAACUUGUUCAUUCAGUUAUAAAGCUGAUAAACCUAAUAUUAUUAAUGCAAUAAAUAAUUAUACUUAUCAACUUGAUCCAAAAAGUGGAUUAAAAUAUUGGCAACGAGCUAUUGCAUUAAGAUUUUUAGUCCAUUUUAUUGGUGAUUUGCAUCAACCUUUACAUACAAUCUUCGAAGGUCACAAGACAAAUUUACAUACUAUUUGGGAUUCUAGGAUUAUUAAUAAACAAAUUCGUGAACUUUAUUCAAAUGGAACAUCAUCAUCGAAUGCUUCAAAUUCUUCAAGGAAAGGUAAAUCUUAUGAUUUAUAUGUUGAACAUAUAAUCAAAUUAAUCAAAACAAUGUGGAUUAAAGAAAUUCCUGAUUGGAUGGUUUCAGUUUGUCCAGGUUUUUGGGCAUCACCAUUGAACAAACUUAAUUGUCAAAUAACUUAUAAGAAUUAUGAUCCCGAAAUAGAUUUAAGUAUUGGAGAAUAUUAUGAAAGAAUUGUUAAAGGAAAAGUUAUGGAAAAAUUAUUGGCUAUUGCUGGAAUUAGAAUUGCUGCCGUUUUGAAUACUCUUCUUGGUUAA